AACAGAGGCAACAACUGGAAGCAGGGCUUUUCACCCCCUUGAUGUGCUGGAGAAAAAAUUGAAGAAGAAAGUUCUAUUGUGACUCAGACAUUCUUGAGUAUUUAUCCACUGCAGUGCCAUGGUGGUGAACACUUUUGUGGGACAUCUCUUAACAGGAGGUUUAUUCAUGUUCCUUGGACUCCUAUGGGCUGUAAAAUACCCCGUGAAAUACCUCGGCCAGAAAUCAAAAUAUUCUGUACGGAUUUCAAAAAUCCUCCAUUGGGUGAAGUUUCUGGAAUGGGGAGGCAUAAUAUUCCUCUGUACCUUAGCAAUUCUAUCUGAACAACUAAUGCCUCAGAGCCCCCACUUCCGACUUUACAAUGAGGAAACUCACCAGUGGAUACGUCUUAAUUUUUGGCAACAUUCAACCAUGCACUUCUUCUUUGUGAUGACCGGUGUGGUGGGUAUACUCACCCAUUGCAAGUACAUCAUCCCUGUGGGGCUAGAUUCUUUUUUCUUCUCUCUGACACUUUUCAAUGAAGGGAUGCUCUUCUAUACCCAUGCAGAACGCAUGUCUGCUCUGGAUCAAUAUAUCCACUAUAUCAUGUUAAUUCCCAUAUGGAGUGGUGCUGUUUGCAGUUUGAUUGAGGUGUGGUCCAGAAACAACCCAAUCCUGGAGUUGUUCAGGACUGCCGUGUUCAUUACCCAGGGAACCUGGAUGUGGCAGAUUGCAUUCGUACUGUUCCCACGAUGGGGAGCCGGCAGCUGGGACCACAAUGACACGCAUUCUUGCAUGUUUCUGGCCAUGUGCUACUCCUGGCACUUAGAAGGUGUCAUUCUCUUCCUCUUCAUCGUCUACGGCAUCGUCUAUUGGUAUGCAAUGAAAUCAGGGAGUAAAAGAAACUAA